UUUGCCCUAAAUCAGACCCGUCUUUUGCUCUCAAUCUCCUAUCGCCGUCUCCCUAUCUCUCGCCAGCGUUUUCAAUCUCGUCGUUCUUCGCUUUCAGGUCUUACAUAAAUGAGGGGAAGAAGCUACACCCCAUCACCACCACCUAGAGGUUAUGGCAGAAGGGGAAGGAGCCCUAGUCCCAGAGGUCGCUAUGGUGGACGUUCCAGAGAUGGCCCAACUAGCCUUUUAGUUCGUAAUCUUCGCCGCGAUUGUCGGCCUGAAGAUCUGCGAAGGCCAUUUGCGCAAUUUGGCCCUCUUAAGGACAUCUAUUUGCCAAGAGAUUACUACACUGGUGACCCACGUGGCUUUGGUUUUGUCCAAUACAUGGAACCUGAUGAUGCUGCUGAAGCUAAGUAUCAGAUGGAUGGCCAGAUUCAUCAAGGUCGGCAGCUGACUGUUGUUUUUGCUGAGGAGAACAGGAAGAAGCCUUCUGAAAUGAGAGCUAGGGAGCACAGGGGUGGACGUAAUAAUGACCGGAGACGUUCUCCUCCUUGGUAUUCUUACUCCCCUCGCUACUCACGUUCUCCACCAUCCAGGUACCCAAGAUCACGCAGCCGCGAGUACUACUCUCCUAAGAGAAAAGGAGGAUACUCAAGGUCUGCCUCGCCUGAGGAGAGGAGGUACAGCCGGGAGAGGUCAUACUCCCGUUCUCCACCAGUGAGAGAACGCUCUCCACCUUACAAUGGGUCAAGGAGCCGUAGUCAAACCCCAGUGAGGGAGCAAUCACCGCCAUACUCCAGGAGUCGCAGCAGAAGUCCCGUUAGGCGGGGGCGUUCUCCGCAAAGCAGAAGCAGGAGCCCUAACAAUGGAAGCAGGGGUAGACACUUUGAUCAACAGGAUUAUCCAAGGGCCGGCCCAGAGAGGGAUGGGUCUCCAAGAAACUGAACUCUCUUUAUUAGACUCUUUGUAGUAGGCAUGGUUGUCUUUCGAGCUAUAUUUUGCUUCUGUAGUGGCGUUGUACUUUGAUGUCGUCCAGGGUUCUCUACUCUAGAAUACAAUGUUUUUUUUUUUUUUUUGGGUGUGUGAUCUGACUUAUUAUAUGCACAAAGGAUUUAUGGAUUGUUUGGUGUAAACUUUGUUGUGCAAAA